UUUGGUAAAUCUAUUGGUUUCUUCUACUAUUAAGAACCUUUUCUAAGAUAUAGAAGCAGCGUGACUCGAGCGACACCGUUUUGGUAAAAGGUUGGAGAAGAUAUGUCACUGGUCGACUACGACGAUUCUUCAUCCGACGACGAUGUCUUAGCCGCCGAGGAGAAACCUCUCCCACAACCGCAACCGCAACCGCAACAGCGUCGGGUUUCUCCAGCUCAAGCUUUACCUCCAAUUAGGCAGAGAUGUGAGCAGGAAGAGAUUGUUGAGAAGCUACCGGAUGCUUUGCUUCUUCUGGAGUCCCCCACACUUGCACAGGUGACUGGCGGAGACCAUGCUUCCGUUGUUGCAGCUGCAAUGGCCCAGAAUGCAGUACGGAAGAGAGACUUGAAUGGGAAUGCUUCUUCUCUUCCUCGUCGUCCCAAGCUACCAAGAGGAAAUUUGCCUCAUUCCAAGAAUUAUCCUGAUACUUUGGGUAAUGUGCUUGUGCCUCCUCAGCUCAAGGGAAGGAGCAAUGUUGCUACAGAGGAUAUGAGCAGGCUUUUUGUGAAAAAACGGCAAGACUCUUCCAAGGCAAGAUCUCCAGAUCAGGAAUAGUUUGGUCAAAAUUUAAUGGUUUUGUGUCUCUGACUAAUUGCGCAACAUAAUAGUGGUAUCUUACCAGAAAGAACAGAGUAUGUAACCUUUUUUGUUUUCUCAAAUUUUUGGUACAAUUUAUACAAAAGAAAAAAAUAAGGUUUGAAAUUACCAUUAUGCUAA